UAUGUUUUCUUCAAAUUUGAAUGCAAAUGAUAAACACUAGGAUUGAGAUUUUAUCAUUUAUUCUUAAUGAAAAUCUGUUGAAAAAUGCGAUAAUAAUGAAAGGGUUCAACUGUUUCUGGUAAUAUAAUAUUACUUACAGCUGUGCCAGAUUAUGAACAAAACGUACAUUGUCGACUUGGGGCUAGGCCUGUCAACCAGUCAUAUAGAUGCUUAUAUGACAAAGGGUGGAAAGAUAUAAUCAGAGGUUGCAGGUCUUUAUCGCAUAUUCAAAGCUGUGCAAAUUUUACUUGUCCACAUAACUAUAUCAAGUGCCCAUCAAGUUACUGUAUACCUUUCCAUUAUGUGUGUAAUGGUAACGCAGAUUGUCCUGAUGGUUAUGAUGAAAAACUUUGUGAAUGUAACAGCGAGAACAGAUCAGUUGUAAUAAUAUUUCCUGAUGUCACGAGAGAAAACAGAGAUGAAUCCCAUCUUCGAUAUUUAGUAAACAAACUUGGUGGAUCACUAUUUACAAAGGGAAGUAAAAUAAUAAUUUUCGAAACAGAUUAUCACUAUGUACAAAAGACCUAUCCAAUUCCAAGUAAAAAGAUGGAUGCAUAUGUGGAGUUCCAAAGGUCUGAUGUCAUGAUGAACUCUCAGUAUACAAUGAAACCAUUAAAACGAUUUGGUGUGAAAGGUAGUGACAUUCGGAUCUUUUUAAAUGACCUACUUAAAGAAGGAGGUGUUAGAAAAACCACUGCAGUAAUAUGGCUCAUAGAUGAACCAAACAUAGAAAAUGAAACUCUUAAUAUAAUUAACACAUUUCGUAAUAUGUCUUCCACUGAACAUUUCAACUACUUAUUAGUAAAGUACAUAAAUUUGCGGACAGAUGUAGCAACUGAUGACAGAGAACUUGUUAAAACAAUAAAGCUUCGACAGCUGGACAUGCUAAACAACAUUGGAAAUAAGCUCUUUCCAGAGAUAUGUAACGGAAAAGUUACACAAUGUAAAGGAAUGUUCCGAUGUGUUUUCAGUAAGGUAUGCAUACCCAUAGGUCAAGUUUGUGAUGGAACAAAACAAUGUCCAUCUGGAGACGAUGAAAUGAACUGUGACUUUGAAUGUCCCCCAUUGUGUUUGUGUCGUUCAUUAAUCGUUAAUUGUUCUCAUGCAAAUACGAGCGACAGCAUAGAUUUUAAGAAGUACUCCCCGGCAAGAAUAUUAGAUGCAACAAAUUCACCAAGAGUGUGCAAAGAUAUUUUGGAAAAUAGUGAAACAAGAUCCUCGUUCAAAUUACUUGUUUCAUUAAAGAUGUCCGUAUGUAAAAUCAAAUACAUUUCUAACACAUCGUUUGAAUUCUCACCGAAUCUAAAGGUCCUCGAUCUUUCUUUCAACGAAAUUGGAUUAAUUCCUUCGUAUGCUUUUUCUGUUUUGAAAGUGUUAGAGAUUUUAUUACUUGAGGGUAAUAGCAAAUUAAUGUCCAUUGAACCGCAUGCUUUCUACGGAAUUUUGAUUCGAACCUUGAAAAUACAGGGUACGAAGAUAAAAACUCUUCAUGCAAAUACGUUUAACGGUCUUACAUUAAAUAAUCUAGAUUUAAGGCACAACAAAAUCGUCACAGUCAAAGAUGGCACUUUUGAUUCUUUAGAGACUGUUAACAUAGACAUAAGAUUUAACCCUAUCAAGGACUUCAGUAAACAAAUGUUUACGGGAUUGAGUGGUGUUAAACAACUGAAAACAUCGGCUUUUAAAUUUUGCUGCAUCCGACCAUCUGAUCUAAACGAAAAUGAUUGUUAUCCACAUAAGGAUGAAUUUUCAUCGUGCGAGGAUUUGAUGCGAAAUAGCACACUACAAGCGCUAAUGUGGACAAUCGGUAUUUUAGCUUUUGUUGGAAAUGUCAUGUCGCUAAUCUAUAGACUAAUUUACGACAAGAAGAGGCUUAAACUAGGUUAUGGAAUAUUUGUUACAAACUUAGCCCUCGCUGACCUGUUGAUGGGAAUCUACAUGCUGAUUAUCGCCAUUGCUGACAGGAUCUUUAGAAACAGGUAUAUAGAAGUUGACGAAUAUUGGAGAAACAGUUUCUGGUGUACGAUGGCAGGGGUUAUAUCAACAGUGUCAUCAGAGGCAAGUGUGCUUUUCAUGUGUCUGAUCACUGUCGACAGAAUUCUUAUUAUCAAAUAUCCGUUUGGACAGAUACGAUUUAAAGAGAGGUCGGCAACGGUUGCUGUAGGCUCGGUUUGGAUUUUCGUUGUAUUCAUUUCUAUACUUCCUAUCCUAUACACGGACUACUUUAAAGGACAAUUUUACAGUAAAUCUGGUGUAUGUUUGGCUCUACCGUUGACACGUGACCGUCAACCAGGAUGGCUGUACUCUAUUUUGUUGUUCAUUGGCUUCAACAUGGUCACAUUCGUAAUGAUUGCUGUUGGCCAAUUACUGAUAUACACGGAGAUUAAAAAGGCUUCGUCCGUACAAAAGGCUUUGACUACUACUCGUACAAAUGAUUUAAAAGUGGCAAGGAACCUUCUGCUGGUCGUCACCACUGAUUUUCUGUGUUGGUUUCCAAUUGGAAUGAUGGGAUGUUUAGCUCUAACAGGACAUAUCAUACCAGGAGAGGUAUAUGCUUGGACGGCAGUGUUUGUUUUACCAAUCAAUUCUGCUCUCAACCCAUUUAUGUACACCUUAACCGCUAUCUACAGCAGCAAGAAAUUCAGCCCAAGCGUUGACGAACAGGCAAGAUUGGACCCCUCUAAAGAAAUGGGAAAGGCGAUACUUGAGAUAUACCCUUACCUACCAUCAUGCAACCUGCCUGCCAGAUAUGAUGUUGUCUCCCUCAGUGAGUGGUGUAAUGAACGCGAGUUGUCAGUGGCAGACGUUGUAUAUUUAUUUUACCGUAUCCUGAAAUUUCUGAGCAUCUCACAUGGGUACCAGCUUGUGCUGAAAAACUUCACAGGCGACAAUGUUCACGUUGUGGUUCUGAAGAAAAGACGCAUUCUCCAGAGAGCUUACAUUGAUGUCUCACUCUAUCAAUGCCUUACUUCAAACAAGAAGGAAAUGGCCGAAGAUAUGUGUCAAUUUGGCUAUAUCGCCGAGAAAAUCUUGAAUCUGGGUAUGGCGAGGAGAGAAUGAAGCAUGCCAGUUUUAAAUCAUGCCUUCGUGUUGAUGUUUUGUAUCCGUGCUGUUUUUUUAAAUAAAAAACUUAUUUAAAAAGUAAAUUUUCGUAUAGUGUCCAAAUUAAGUACAUGUUAGGAUGUCUGUGUAUCUUCUUUGGAGAACAGCGUCCCUGCCCGUUUCUUCUUACCACCAACUACCUUCUUGAAAGUAAUUAAGCUUGUCAAAAAGUCUUUAGUUAAUCAAAAGAGACGUCAUUUCGUUGACCAAAGAUGUUUGAGGCUACUGUUAGUUCUUCAUCUUCGAUUUACUGUCAGUGUUUACAUAGGUUAAGUACAAAUAUUGUUAAUUUGGUCAUAUUGUUAAUUUUUGUGCACGUUACAUUUCGAAACAUUUACUUGAAGUUGACGAACAAGGACGCUAUUUAAGUAUAAACUUAUAUGCUUUACACAGACAAUCAUGUUAACAUUCUUUUACAUAUUUUUACAAUUAUAGUACUUACUGACUAACAUUUGCGUGAUUCAGGCAAUUUGUACUAACUGAAAACGAGGCUUUCAUUUAUCGAAAUGAAUAUAUUUGCCCAAAAUAAAAAAGAAAAAAAAAGAAAAAAGUUUUAGAGCAUUCUUUGCUACAGUUACUUCUCAAAUAAGAAAAAAGUCGAGCACGGCUCCCGCUUGACUGUGACUCUUGUUAUAAUUUUGAAGAAAAAAAUGGAAGUAAGUUAAUUUAAGUUAAAUUUUUUAUUGAUUUUUUUAUUUCUUAUAUAUAUUUGUUAGCAAACGUUUUAUUUAUGUAUAAUUAUAAUGCUUUUUAACUUAUAAAACAUAUAUAUGUUCGUUAUUUUUAACUUCGUUUCCAUUUUGAUUAACACGUACAUAUUCUAUGUAUUAAACACUAGUUUGCACACUUUUUAUGCAUUUGUUAUUUUGUUAUUUUUAUCUUUUUAAACAAUUGUUUGCACACUUUUGUAUGCAUUUGUUAUAUUUAUGUUCCUUAACAUUUAUAACUUUCAACUCUUAUACAUUUGUUUACACACAUUGUAUCGAUUUUAUUACUUUUAAAUCGUACGUGUAAGCAUUCGUUUGCCGCAUUUUAUGCAGUUGCUAAUUUCAACUUUUUAAACAUUUUAUGCAUUUGUUAUUUCAACUAUUUAAAUAUUUGCGUGCACGCAUUUGAUGCAUUUGUUAUUUUCAGCUUCUUAAACAUUUGUUUACACACAUUGUAAGCAUUUGUUAUUUUAACUUUUUUAAACAUUUGUUUGCACAUAUUGUAAGCAUUUGAUAUCUUAAACUUCUUAAUUAUUUGUUAGUCCAUAUUUUAUGCAUUUGUUUAUUUUAGAUUCUUAAACAUUAUAUGUAUUUAAAUUUGUUAUUUUUAACUGUUUAAAAAUUUUGUUUGCACACG